AUGCUGACACGAGCGACGAGGUGCUGACACGAGCGACGUGGUGCUGACACGCCCCACGUGAUACUGACACGGCCGAGGUGGUGCUGACACGCCCCACACAACAAAGAUGAAGUGUUUGUACUGGACCAUUGUGUUGGUGCUGCACGCGGUUACUGGGCAGGUGCCGUGCUCUGUGGGUAGGGACUGUCCCCGGGACAUGUGCUGCUUGGGGAGCCGCAAAUCCCAGGGCUACUGCGCUCCGCUGAAGUCUGUCGGUGUAGAUUGCCAGAUGUACUCCGGAAUAGAAUCCUGGGGUCAGACACCUUGGAAGGUGCAUGAGUGUCGCUGUCUCAAUGGUCUUUACUGUGGAUCGGACGACCCAUAUGCUCCCUUGGGGUCUAGAGGAACGUGCAGGUCCAACCGUUUCGCAUAGUGUCCUGAAUGUCUCGGUGCUGUACUUCAUCUCGGCCAGUAAAUGCAGCAACAUCAGAACUAGUUUCACUAGUUCACACGACCCACACUACACAACACAAUCUGGCGGUAUUCGUGACCCUUAUUUAAAUGUUUCUCGACAUCAAACUGUAUACCUACUUAAUAUUAACGUAAUAUUAAAAUUUGAAACAUUUAGACAUACAUUUUGCAAUAAAAUAGUUAAACUAUUA